AUGGUCGGUUUCCAGGACGCCGAACGGGCAUUUUUUGGUGCUCUGCACACCGAACGAGUUCGGUGCAACGGCACAGACGUAGGGGCAGCUAGAGUAAGAGAGUAUAAGAGAGCGGGAGAGAGCAGGAAAGCUAGAGAUAGUGCCUAA